AUGAGUGAAACAGACGAGAAAAUGGAGGAUCUGCUUUACUCAGAAAACAGACAUCCUCUUGUUCAUCCUCCGUCUCAGUCAUUUACAACCCCCUCUUGGACAUUGGGUCUUACUACUGUAGAGCAGGAGUUAUGUCGAACCCUACACAGAAUGGAGAUCACAGGGAAAAGGGGAAGAACAGUCCCUGUUCUUCUCCCAUCAGAUGUGCAACAGGCAAUAAAUUUGCUCAUUGAAACAAGAUCAAAAUUUGGAGUGAGCAAAGAUAACAAGUAUCUCUUCCCCAGGCCCAACUAUGGCAGUGAGGGUCACAUCCGGGGGUCGGACUGCCUUAGAGAACUAGCACAAGAGAGUGGAGCAAAGCAGCCAGAGCUGAUCAAUUCCACCACCCUGAGAAAGCAGAUUGCCACCAUAUCCCAGGUGGUAGAUCUGAGAGAGAAUGAGCUGGAUAUCUUGGCUAAGUUUUUAGGCCAUGAUAUUCGUAUACAUCGGGAAUAUUAUAGACUGCCAGAAGCAACAGUUCAGGUGGCCAAAGUGUCCAAGCUUUUGCUUGCCUCAGAGCAAGGACUGCAAAUUGGAGGCAAGACUCUCGAUGACAUAAAUGUCACCACUGAAGAUGUAUUUGAAGAGGAAUUGUUGGAGGACGCAGCAAAUGAAGACUCUGCUCAAGAUAUUGUUGGUCAAUUGAUUCCAAGGGUCCCUUUAGAUAAUGGUGGAGAAGUUAAUGCAUUUGUGGAAAAACCAGUCCCAAAAAAGAAGGCAAAAGGCAAAAGGCCUUGGACAAAAGAAGAAGUGUCAGCUGUAUUGAAGCAUUUAGGAAGUUUCCUGGUUCAAGGAAAACUGCCUGGAAAAGAAGCAAUCAUGGAAUGUGUGGAACAAGAAUCUGCUUUGGAUAGCAGGAGCUGGAAAGACUUUUGUAGAAACAGAAUGCAAACAAAGGAUCCACUAAAACUAACUUAUGCAAAUUAAGCAAGUUAAUUUCGAAAAUCAGCAU